AUGCCUACUGUAAUAUUGUUGGAUGUUUCUCUAUCAAUGUCUCGGCCCGUACCAACGACGGACACAACAGAAAGCCACACGCGACUUACGAUUGCUUCAGCGGCUAUAAACACAUUUUUGGAUUAUUUAUGCAAUCAUGCUAAACUAGAAUAUGUGGCACUUGUAACUUUUUCAUCAGUUUACGAAGUUGCUGUACCAUUCACUCGAGAAUUUGAUAAUAUACGAGUUAAGUUACCCCAGUUAGAAGAUGGAGAUAAAACAUGCAUAGAAGCAGCACUUCAUGGUGUAAACCAAUUAAUCCUUACUGAAUGGGGCUACCAAACACCAGUUCAAAUAAUCUUGCUAACUGAUGGCAGUUGUGGAGUGGGAGCAAUUGGCAGGAACCGAAUUAUUCAGGCUUUACCAUUACCUCCUACAUAUCCUGGAAAAAUACAUGUUUUACCAGUAGUGUCUCCUCAUGACCCUUGCUUACAACAUGCUAUGCCUCUUUACCAAAAGAUUGUGGAUUUAGCCAGCAAUACUGCAAAUAGCUGUAACGGCAAUAUAACCAGAGGUGCAAUCUUCUGCCCUGAUCAACUCUCAGUACCUGGUGUUAUAACAGCAAUGACUCGUCUGUGCGAACAGCAUUACCAAGAGUUUUGGUGCACUCUAAAAUGUGGUCAACUUGAAACAAGAGUACAACUAUUUCCAGCACCACAACCCGCAUCUCAUGAAGGCUUAUCGGCAAGCUACACACUAUCCAAUCAGCUCCAUGUCAUAGGAUUUUUGCAACAGCAAGACUUAGGUACGCCAAUAGCUUUAAGUAAACAUCUUGUGAUACCUCAAGCUCAGGUUAGCGGUAACACUUCAACUCGUGAAAACUAUGGCUCCAAAACACCUACAAAGGAAGGGAGUAGCACAGAAGGUACAUCUACCGAAGAAGACAUGUCUGAUCCGAGUAAAGUGCCAAAUUUUUGCGUUCUUCUACAUGGUGCACUUAAGGUAGAAGGUAUGUCUGCAAUAGUCCAACUGGGUUCAGAUUGGUGGGGCACGCUGUCCGCGUGGUGCGAGGUGUCGAGGGCGCGCCGCUCGUGCCUGCUGCUGAGCGUGCUGCGGCCGGGCGCCUCCGCCGCGCCCUGGCUCGGGCCCCUCGAUCAGUUGGGGCCUGUCGACGAUAAUAGCACUUCGACUGAAACAUUCCCGGUGCGGUCGUGGAGGUCGUACAGUGGCGGCGGCGCGGGCUGCGCGUGGGCGCGCCCGCACGCGCUGCUCGCCGACGUUCAGAAGGUGCUGCGGCAUGCGCGCAAGCUACCCGAUAAGACACAGCAUUUGUAUAAGGAACUAAACCGCUUACGUCGUGCAGCAAUAUCCCUAGGGUUCUCAGAGCUGCUAACAUGCGUGGGCAGUGCGCUGGAGCGCGAGUGCACGGCGCUGCCCGCGUCGGCGCCGCCCGAGUGCGCGCUGCAGCUGGCGCACGCGGCCGCCGCGCUCCGCGACCCGCGCACCGCGCUCGACAUCAAGCACACUCUACAGCCGUUGGCUGCCAACUUCACUGUUACCUCUAUGUCGCAU